AUGUCAAGCUUAGAUGAAAUACAGCAGUUAAUCAAGGCUACACGAAUUUCUCUGGCUACACCCCCUCGCAACGCAUAUGAAGCUGAAAACACUUACAACGCCAAUAUUGAACGUCUCCGAGAUGGGCGGCAAAAACUUGGCAAUUUUAGUGGCGAAUAUGUAGAGAAAUUACUCCAUGAACUGGAUAAAUUGGAGCAGGAGGUUCAUGCAUCUGUGAUAAAGCAAACCAAUCCUGUGGAUGCCCUUCUUCAGGUGGAUUUCACUGCGGAGGAGGGCGAAAAUGAGGAUGGUAUUGACGAAGAGUUAAUAACUGCCGAACGAGAGGUGGGGAAGAAGCUUGAGAGUAAAAAGAAACAAGGUGGACGUAAGACAAAGACAAAGACAAAGAAGCAGUCAAAAACAGGAGAUUCUCAGAAGGAAAGUGUAUUGGCUAAAGAAGAAGAAAAAGAAGGGAAAAAAGGGGAAAAAGCCGUGGUAUCUACUGUUUCGCCUCAGAAGCAACUAGAACCGUUGCAAAGUGAAGAAGCUGAUGAAGGGGAAGUUGUGGAGGUCGCUAAAUUCACUGACUGUAAUAGUAAUGAAAUACCACAAGAGGCAGUUGGACCAGGACGUUGCGUACUGAUUCCGAAUACACCCUUAGCUCGUCUAGACUUUACUUCACCUGUGGAAUAUGAUGGGAUUUUGUGUCAAUGUCGUGUAACUCUACACCGCGCAGUGGUUACUGCUCUUUCAUACGGUACACCUGUAACAGAAACUGUUAAAAUGGUACCUGAAGACAAUUUAACUUCUAUUGAUACCGCGAAUGAUGAGAAUCUUUAUUCGUCAGAUCUAACUAUUGAAGCCAAAGGAGAGGAGGAGGAGGAGGAGGAAAUGGAAAAAGAAGAAAAAGAAAAGGGUUCAGAGUCUGAUGAAGAUUCUGUUACUGCUGAGCUUUCAAAGCAGUUAAUUGCGGAGUAUGAUGCGAUGCAGGAUGAAAAGGAAGAAGAAGAUGGUGGUACUAAGUUAUUACCCCAAGAUGUACCACCCAAACUAUGCACUUCACUACGUUCAUUUACCUUCUUACCAUGGGUUAUUCUCAUGUGUCACGGUGGCUAUUUUGCUGGUGGUGUAUUUAUGGAUGGAAAGCCCGUAGUGCACAAGUCUUUUCAGCGCUACGUUGUACGUAAAAAGCAGGGAGGAAAGCAAUCCUCACACGAGAAGGAUAGCGGAAGUUACGGCAGUAUUGGCUCUCAGAUCCGCCGGGCGCAGGAAAUAAAAUGGCGGCUGGACGUGCGGGAUAUUCUUCUCCGCUGGCGGCCGUAUAUUGACGCGGCGGCGUUGGUGCUUUACGUGGCGCCGGGGCCGCAGAACCGCGCCGUUCUGACGGACUUCUCGCAACUCCCGCCGCUGCCGGGGCGGCCGGUCUCGCCGGUGGGACUGCGGGACCCGCGUGUUCGCAGAGCCCCGUUGACAACACACAAACCGUCAUUUCAGGAGGUGCAGCGAACAUAUCAACUGCUCUCCACCUGUACAGUGGAGUAUAUUCGAUCUCUUAAGUAA